AUGGCAGAUCAGACUUAAAAAAUAAUAUCAACAAUUUUGAACAAGUACAAAGAGUUUUAAGAAUAAAAUUCUACAGACCCUGAAAAGUAAUUUUUUAUUGGAAUAGCAGGUAUUCCUGGAGGUGGUAAGAGUACUCUUACUUAAAAAAUAGUAAAUUAAAUAGGCUCUAAUGUUUGUUAGAUUGUUCCAAUGGACGGGUAUCAUUUGUAUUUAAAAGAACUCAGUCCUGAGCAGCUUGCAAGAAGAGGAGCUCCAGAUACAUUCAAUUAAAUUAAGUUUAAAAAUGAUCUUAUGAGAUUAAAAUAAGAAAGAGAAGGGCAUUUUCCGUCUUUUGAUCACGCAGUCAAAGACCCAAUAGAAAAUGACAUAAAAAUUACUAAAAAUAUGAAAGUAGUUAUCGUUGAGGGACUUUAUUUGUUCAUGAAAGAAUGGGAUUUAAUAAAUCUGUUUGACAUGAAGAUUUUUAUUAAAUGUAAUUAGGAUGAGGCGGACUAGAGAGUAGCUAAUAGACAUUUUUAGGCAGGAAUAUGCUCAACAAUAGAAGCAGCUAUUCUCUAAGCUAAAAAUAAUGACAGAGUUAAUGCUAAUUAUAUAUUAAAUAAUAGCUUAAUCGACACUGAAACAUACAUUUUUGAUACUUCAUCAACAUAAAAUGAAAAUUAAUGA